AUGGCGGGGUCGGACGAGGUAAACAGUCGUCCGGUAGAGAAUCACGAGAAUGCAAAGAUACAGUUAACUUGCGCAGAGCUGAAAGCCCUUGUUGAUGAUGCGGUUACAAAGGCCUUAGAGCGGCAGUACAGUGAGUACAGUGGGACCCAUAGUAGGACCCUAUCUACACUGCACACCAAGCCUAAGACUCACUCGGAGUCUCACAGCAAGCCGCCAUCUAAGAAAGAUGUAUCUAAGAAGGAUGAUGAUAGACACUCUUCAAACAACAACAAUACUCCACCCAAGAAGAUAGUAUUUGAUGAUGCUCCACGUACCAAGUCCUGUACAUAUAAGUAUGAGUCAAGAUCGCAAUCCCAACCAAAAGCAUGUGGAAUUUGCAAGUCCCCAGAUCACAAGGCAUUAGACUGUAAGAAACUCAAGGAUGCCACAUGCUUUAAUUGUAACGAGAAGGGACAUCUUAGACCCAACUGCCCGAAAUUGGCGAAAAAGGCGGAAGAGGGAAAGAAGACCAAUGCCAGGGUCUUCCAGAUGAAUGCUUAG